UCGUUGUAGCGGCAUGUAGAGUAACGUAGCAAAUUUUCUUUAUGUUUUUCACGUAAUUCCCUUUACUGAAACUGCAGAGACGGCAAGAAUGGAGAGGUUCACUAUAUCUAAGUCUGAAAAGCAGACAAUUUAUGAAAUAUACCGGGCGUGUCGGCUUUGCGGCGCCGGCGGAGGCUAUCGAAUGCCUAUCGUCCAAAACAUAAUCGAUUUAGACAGUUCCGAACUAGAAUUAAGGCAGAAAAUACAAGAAUGCUUACAAUUAGAGGUGCGUCCUGAUGACAGAAUGCCUCCUCUCAUAUGUGAGCUGUGCGUUGAUAAAGUGAAUGACUUCUACCAAUUCUUGGAGAUGACUCGUCAGACAAAUAUUAAGACAAGGACCAGGCUCGGUCUUCCCAUACAGGAGACUAAAAAAGGAGAACCUGAACAAAAUAACUGCAUUCUGGGUGUCACGGAGCCAAUUUAUACUAAGGAAAAUGAGUCACGAAAGAAGAGUAAGGCGGGACCCAAAUGCACUAAGAAGAUUAAGAAGGAACCAGAUGUUGCUGAUGUUAAGAUAGAGAACACCUCGGACUCAUCCUCUCGCUCGUCGAGCAUGUCUUCGCGCGCCUCGCGCCCCUCCCGCCGCGCGCCCUCCCCCACGCCCACCACGCGCUCCACCCGCCGCGCCCCCUCCCCCUCCCCCACGCCCGCCCCGCGCGCCCCCCGCAGCGCCGCCGCCCCCUCCCCCGCCACCUCCCUCGCCCCCACCACCGGGCCCGCUCGCUCGCGCCGCUCUCUGCUUGAAGAAGCGCUACUGCGACGGAAGCCGGACACGCCUAAGAGUAAAGACGCUAAGAAGACGGAGACGAAAAAUAAAAUAGAGGCGCCUAAGGACACACAGACACCAAAAGAAAAAAAGGCUACACCUGCGAAGAAAAAGGGAGAAUUGGAAUCUUUACUAGAGGACAGCAUGAAGUUUGACGACAACACUUUGCUGAUGCCGCGAUCAUUGAAGAGGACGCGAGAGGAGCCACCUAGGCCUGCGCUGCUGCCCAAGAGGGCCAAUCUUGCAAGAUAUUUAAUGGAUGCAAGGAUAAGGCCCAUACCGACUAAAGAGCUCCUAAAAGAGCCUUCACCGCCCCGCAGACCAGGCCCCAGGUCCAGACAGCCGGUGAAAGAGCCGUCCCCGACCCCCAGACCCGGACCCAAGUCCAAGAAAGCCAGAGUUGAAGAAGAGAAUAUACCUGUACCGCUUAAGGUGUCUAAGUCUAAGGCCAAGCCGGAGACACCCAAGACUAAAGAGCCGCCUAAAACCCCAGAAGAGCAUGCGCUACCAUCCACGCCUCCGUACAAGUGCAUAGUAUGCGAAACGCAGUGCAAGAAUUCAGGCGCCUUCGCGAGGCACUUGAGUAUUCACGUGCCCACCUUCACUAAACCUGCUAACGCGUGCAACCCGUGCGGGAACUGGUUCGUGACCGCCGAAGAGGCGGCGAGCCACCACCGCUUCCACACCGCCACCACUUUCCCCUACCACUGCCGCCGCUGUUUUGACGACUUCCGCACACUACGGUUAUAUGACGAACACAUAGAGUCGGGCCUGUGCGUGGGCGACGAGCCGCCGAGCGCGCGGUGCGAGGAGUGCGCGGCGCUGUUCGCCACGGAGGCGCUGCGCGGGGCGCACCGGUGCCCCGGCCGGGGACACGGCGGCGGCGCCCGACCUGGAGGUAUACACAUGUUAUAUAUAUGUUUGCAGACACAUAGAGUCGGGCCUGUGCGUGGGCGACGAGCCGCCGAGCGCGCGGUGCGAGGAGUGCGCGGCGCUGUUCGCCACGGAGGCGCUGCGCGGGGCGCACCGGUGCCCCGGCCGGGGACACGGCGGCGGCGCCCGACCUGGAGGUAUACACAUGUUAUAUAUAUGUUUCCGCCGAGCGCGCGGUGCGAGGAGUGCGCGGCGCUGUUCGCCACGGAGGCGCUGCGCGGGGCGCACCGACACAUAGAGUCGGGCCUGUGCGUGGGCGACGAGCCGCCGAGCGCGCGGUGCGAGGAGUGCGCGGCGCUGUUCGCCACGGAGGCGCUGCGCGGGGCGCACCGACACAUAGAGUCGGGCCUGUGCGUGGGCGACGAGCCGCCGAGCGCGCGGUGCGAGGAGUGCGCGGCGCUGUUCGCCACGGAGGCGCUGCGCGGGGCGCACCGACACAUAGAGUCGGGCCUGUGCGUGGGCGACGAGCCGCCGAGCGCGCGGUGCGAGGAGUGCGCGGCGCUGUUCGCCACGGAGGCGCUGCGCGGGGCGCACCGACACAUAGAGUCGGGCCUGUGCGUGGGCGACGAGCCGCCGAGCGCGCGGUGCGAGGAGUGCGCGGCGCUGUUCGCCACGGAGGCGCUGCGCGGGGCGCACCGACACAUAGAGUCGGGCCUGUGCGUGGGCGACGAGCCGCCGAGCGCGCGGUGCGAGGAGUGCGCGGCGCUGUUCGCCACGGAGGCGCUGCGCGGGGCGCACCGACACAUAGAGUCGGGCCUGUGCGUGGGCGACGAGCCGCCGAGCGCGCGGUGCGAGGAGUGCGCGGCGCUGUUCGCCACGGAGGCGCUGCGCGGGGCGCACCGACACAUAGAGUCGGGCCUGUGCGUGGGCGACGAGCCGCCGAGCGCGCGGUGCGAGGAGUGCGCGGCGCUGUUCGCCACGGAGGCGCUGCGCGGGGCGCACCGACACAUAGAGUCGGGCCUGUGCGUGGGCGACGAGCCGCCGAGCGCGCGGUGCGAGGAGUGCGCGGCGCUGUUCGCCACGGAGGCGCUGCGCGGGGCGCACCGACACAUAGAGUCGGGCCUGUGCGUGGGCGACGAGCCGCCGAGCGCGCGGUGCGAGGAGUGCGCGGCGCUGUUCGCCACGGAGGCGCUGCGCGGGGCGCACCGACACAUAGAGUCGGGCCUGUGCGUGGGCGACGAGCCGCCGAGCGCGCGGUGCGAGGAGUGCGCGGCGCUGUUCGCCACGGAGGCGCUGCGCGGGGCGCACCGACACAUAGAGUCGGGCCUGUGCGUGGGCGACGAGCCGCCGAGCGCGCGGUGCGAGGAGUGCGCGGCGCUGUUCGCCACGGAGGCGCUGCGCGGGGCGCACCGACACAUAGAGUCGGGCCUGUGCGUGGGCGACGAGCCGCCGAGCGCGCGGUGCGAGGAGUGCGCGGCGCUGUUCGCCACGGAGGCGCUGCGCGGGGCGCACCGACACAUAGAGUCGGGCCUGUGCGUGGGCGACGAGCCGCCGAGCGCGCGGUGCGAGGAGUGCGCGGCGCUGUUCGCCACGGAGGCGCUGCGCGGGGCGCACCGACACAUAGAGUCGGGCCUGUGCGUGGGCGACGAGCCGCCGAGCGCGCGGUGCGAGGAGUGCGCGGCGCUGUUCGCCACGGAGGCGCUGCGCGGGGCGCACCGGUGCCCCGGCCGGGGACACGGCGGCGGCAGUCGGGCCUGUGCGUGGGCGACGAGCCGCCGAGCGCGCGGUGCGAGGAGUGCGCGGCGCUGUUCGCCACGGAGGCGCUGCGCGGGGCGCACCGGUGCCCCGGCCGGGGACACGGCGGCGGCGCCCGACCUGGAGGUAUACACAUGUUAUAUAUAUGUUUGCAGACACAUAGAGUCGGGCCUGUGCGUGGGCGACGAGCCGCCGAGCGCGCGGUGCGAGGAGUGCGCGGCGCUGUUCGCCACGGAGGCGCUGCGCGGGGCGCACCGGUGCCCCGGCCGGGGACACGGCGGCGGCGCCCGACCUGGAGGCAAGUGCUCGAAAUGCUCCAGAACAUAUGCGACCGCGAAGACCCUCAAGAAACAUGAAAGCCAGUGUAGCCAGAAGAGAAAAGCAGGAGACUUGAUAGCUGACCCGGACGUCCUGCGAAGACUGAAGCCCAUGCAAGUGCGGAUCACGAAGUGCGACGGGCUGCUGGCAAGAGAGACAGGCGACCAUUACGACGUGUCCAGGGUUAAACCGAAAUAUGGGCUAGCCAAGAACUACAUCUACCCAUACAUGAAGCUACCUCCAGUCAAGAACGAACCGCUCUUCCGCGACAGCAUGGUCGCCAUCCCUGUCGCACUCAAGGAAGAGAUCUCUUUCACACACUGGGACAGUGACAGUGAUGUCGAAGAAUCCAUCAUCAGAAGCAUACCCUCUCUCUCAACUCUAGCCAUCAAAAAACUAUUCUCGAAAAACCUCCUAGGUAAAGUUCCUAGAAAGAGAAAAAAGGUCAAAAAUGAAACGUUUGAUAAUGAAAACGACUUCGGUGACGUAAGUAAGGACAUUAAUGAUAUUAUAAAUAGUUUAGAUGAUAUGGGAAACAGUAGUUUAGAUAGGAAAGAUUUGACAGCUAGAAUUAAGGAUAUUAUUGGGUGUUUUGAUAGUGAAAUAAGCGAAAGUGUAACGAAUGAUGACAAGACAGCUAAUGAACAAAGUGAGCUUGAUAAUGUAGAUUUUAAUGUAAAUGAUAAAACGAUUGAUAAUGAUAAUAUUGGUGAAAAGGAUAAAACCACAUCUGAUGAAAGUCAUUUUGAAACUGUUGAUGGAAAAGAAACUGACAAAACAAUAGCUGAUGACAGUCAAGGUGUAGAAGAUAUAGUAACGGCUACUACUAGAAUAGAUUUUGGAAAUAAUGAAACUGAUGAAAGUACAAAAGAAAAUGUAAUAGACUCUAAUGAUAAUGUAAAUUGUGAAAAAUCAAGCAAUUAUGAAAUCGAUCUUGGUAAAAAAACUAUAGAUAAAGUAUUAGAGAGUAACCAAUUAAAUGAUGAAUGUAACUAUAAUGAAACAAUCAAUAGGCUCGAUAGUGAAACUAAUGAUCAUUCAGUUAGUUAUGAUAAAGAAAUCGAUAUAAGUUUACAAACAUUAAAAGAUGAAAGCGUAGCUGUUAAUACUAAUCUUGAAAAUGUGCCAGUUAAUGGAAUCGAUACUUUACAAAAUGAAAAUUCUUUAGAAAAUGACUCCAAAAUCAAUCAAAAUGAAAGUUCUUCGGAAAAAGAUUCAAAACGCAAUGACGAAAUGAAGUUAACUGAAGAAGUCAGUAAACAAAUAAACAAAGAGAGUCCAAUCAAGCACAGCAUUGAAAACUUAAUAGGAGAAACUGACAAAAAUCCAGAAAAUUUUAUAAACGAAGUAAUAUCAAGUAUUGAAGAAUUGAAUAGAUGUCAUGAACAGAUACGCGGACAGAAUGAAAAUGAAAUUAAUAAUAGCAAUCUAAUAGAUGCAUUAGAAUCAUUAGAUGAACAAAUUGAUGAAAAGAGACUCAGUGACCAAGAUAAAAUCACUUUAGAAGAUCUAUUGCCUAAGGAAGAUAAGCAUGAAGAGUUGGAAGAUAUAUCGGACGAUGAUUUCAAUUUUGAUGCCUAAAAUGUUAUAUGAUAUCCCACCAAAGAGAAUUAAGUAGACAUAGAGUGCUCACUCCAUACAUCAGUUUUGUUAUCAAAGCGACUAUUAUUUUCGUAGUCGUCAUCUAGCGUCAAGUAGCGGAAUUAUCAGUACUGCUACUCGACACUAGAUGUCACAUGUGUCGCGACUAACGAAAACAAUAUUGCAAACGAGAGUAUAGUUAAAUCGCGACGGCUUGCGGCUUUAUAGACUCGAGUUUGCAAUAUUAUUACGCCCCGAGUACACAAUAUUUUUUUCACCUCAGCAGCUCGAACAAGCCUACUUUCGUCACUCCCUGGAGUGAGGAAAGUGCGACCUUCCUCACUCUAGGGAGUGAAACAAAGUAGCUUUUUAAUUUAGUGAAGGCCAUGAACUGCCACUCCAUACUUUGAUUACAAGUUUUUUUUUUCUCUGAUUUAUUCUGUGUAAUUCGAAAUACAUUUUAACCUUUAAUAUGUUCUCACUACUGAGGUGAAAAAUUAUGUGUGCAACAAGAGAGCAAAGUUAUUUUACGUCUCGUGUUUUUGAGUAAAAAAUAAACACUCGCAAGAAAAACCAACUUUCCUCUCUUGUGGCACAAAUAACUAUAGUACCAAUGAAAAUAUCGAAAUACGUAUAAUCUUUUCAGGCUUUAGCAAUUUUGUACUUAAAUAAUAUCUCUGCAUGUAAUAUCUCUGGUGUUGCAGGCGUCCAUAGGCUACGGUGACUGCUUACCAUCAGGCGGGCCGUAUGCUUGUUUGCCACCGUCGUGGUAUUAAAAAAAAUGACAGAUCGAACCGUAAUUUUAGAGUAACUGGGAUUUAAAACAAGGUUGAAAUGAAAUGAAAUGUAUUUAUUUAUCAGAAUAUGGUACAUUGAUGUGAUCUUAAGUUAAUGCAUAGAGUAACUUAUACUAGAGCGGUACUGUCAUAGUAAAUUUUGUAACCCCAGUAAAUUCACUGCCAUCUGUCGACACACCUUAAAACUAAAAAUGAAGAUUUAUAAAAAUACGAUAAAAUGUAUUUAAAUAUAGAUAAAUGAUUUUUUUAUUUGCAUUAAUUAUUUUUAUGAUUUUGACCCAUGUUCUGUCACUGAUAUGCGUUAAAAUUGUUAAAUAACAAACGAAACCGUCAACGCCAUCUAUACGACUGUAGGCCAAAACUAGUAGCGCCCUCCGAACGAGAAUCAAAUUUUCUUGAUUUUCGAGGCACGUUUUUUCCUUAGACUGUAUCCAUCUAUCACGGAGUUAUAUCUAUCUUUGUUGGUACUAACUGGAUUGUCAUUUUAAAAUACAAUUUUUUCUUAGAUUUUACAUGUCGUAUACAUUCAGUAUCUCUUUGGUUCGCAAUAAUAUAACGAUAACCUGUAACCCUGUAACAAUUUGUAUCAUAUGUGAUAUCAUUCCUUUUGGAAUUUCCUCAAACUUAUUUUGAUUGUUCACAGUGAAUAUUUGACAUGUAUUAUAAUUAGUUAUAAGCGGUUAAGCAUGUAAAUAUUGAAACUUCGAAAUAUACCUA